UUGGAGUCGGACCAAAGCGACGGGCAGAGAGGAAAUGGUGUCACGAAGAUUCCUACUCCGCCACGAAGACUCGACCUUCGACGUCGACUACGACACUGAAGAUGGCCUCGAGGUUUUCCGGUUCCAAAUAUUCUCCCUGACUUCAGUUCCUCCUUAUGAGCAGAAGAUUGUUGCGGAAGAAGGUGAUCGAGUCGUAUUGGGUGAUUCCGAUCUCGUUUCUGUUUCGGAGAAACUGCGUUUGGUGUCGGUCGAAGUAAAUUGUGAGGAGAAUUUGGAAGGAAAUGUGGAUAGCUGUGAGAAAUCAAAUGCCGAAAUGGUCAAAUUAGAUGAAGAAUUUGCGCGAAUGUUGCAGGCUGAAGAAGAAGCUCUGUUGCUCCAACAGUAUGUAGCAGCACAAGAUAGCAGCGAAUUUGAACGGAGGAUAAGACCUUACGUUGGCCAAGUUCUCAUGUAUGAAGAUCCAGCGCGUCAAGAAGCUGCACGAAAGACUGUUCCUGUAGAGGAGUUGGAGGAGAAAGCUAUCGUGGCUUUGGCCAAGGAGGGGAAUUUUAAGCCUUCAAAAGAGGAACAUGACUAUACUUUCCUGCUUCAGCUACUUUUCUGGUUCAAAAAAACUUUCAGGUGGGUCAAUGAACCUCCUUGUGAUGGUUGUGGUAGCAAAACCGUAGGCCAGGGGAUGGGAAAUCCACUUCCCUCGGAGCUUGCUUAUGGAGCAAAUCGAGUUGAACUUUAUCGCUGUACCUUUUGUUCAAGAAUUACACGAUUCCCUCGGUACAAUGAUCCAGUGAAGCUUUUAGAAACGAGAAAAGGGCGCUGUGGGGAGUGGGCCAACUGCUUUACACUAUACUGUCGCUCAUUUGGCUAUGCAACUCGUUUGAUACUGGAUUUCACAGAUCAUGUCUGGACUGAAUGUUUCUCACACUCAUUUGGAAGAUGGAUCCACCUGGAUCCAUGUGAAGGAGUGUAUGAUAAACCCUUACUAUAUGAGAAAGGAUGGAACAAAAAGUUGAACUAUGUAAUUGGAAUUGCGAGAGACGGGGUUUAUGAUGUCACUAAGCGCUACACAAAAAAGUGGCACGAGAUUUUAACUAGACGGACAAUCACAACUGAAUCAUCUUCCCAAGCUGUUCUGCGGACCCUGACAAGAGAAUUGCGCAUUAGUUUUACACCUCAUGUUCUAUCUUCUCUUGAACUCAGAGACAGCAAUGAGCAGGAAGAGCUUGAGAGAGACCUUCAUUCCCCAGAUGAUGCCUCGGUUUCUUUACCUGGAAGGCAGAGUGGUGACAAGGGAUGGCGCAUUUUGAGAUCAGAGUUUGGUUCGGACGAAAAUUCCUCUGUCAGCUCUACCUCUUGCCCGGUUCGUAUAUGUGUUGACGACCAUGUGACAAAGCUUUAUGAUUCUUUCUCGACUAUCCUUACUCAAUUCGUCGAGGAUUCUUUGCCUACACCAAGAGCGAUUGAGCUACUUCAGAUCGUCAAGGGAACCCUAGUGGAUCUCAAGAGUACAUCUUACAAAACAAGGAAGGCUCGUCUGAAUUUAGGUUCAGAUGGCUCGAGUUCAUUUCCGAAGCAGUAUUUGCCUUCAUUAGACAAGUUGCUUCAUGCUCUUUCAUUAAAGGGCAAGAGUGACACAGACGAUAAAGGCCUGGCCAUAUAUUUGGACGGUGAACCGACGAAAACUUCCUUAGCGCUACCGGUUGCAUUGGACGCAUUGGAAGAACUAAGCCGUGACCUCGGCAAAUGCCAGAACUUAAACAAAGAGUCUCUCUCUCUUCCACUUGUGAAACGAAACAGAGUAUGUUUAGGUUCUGUCCUAGCAAGUGGGGAAGAGCUUCCUUCUGGUAUUGCAAGCUCAGCAUUCGACGGGAUCCGUGACUCCAAAUGGGAAGAACCAAACGGUGCGAAAGGUUGUUGGAUCAUGUACAAGACGUUGGACAACAAGAUGGAAGAAGUUGCAGAAUAUGAGCUCAUGUCUGCAAAUGAUGCCCCAGAAAGAGACCCAAAAGAUUGGAUUCUUGAAGGAAGCAGCGAUGGGGGAUCCACGUGGCGUGUUCUAGACGAGCAAACUUCCCAAGUAUUCGAAGCCCGUUUCCAACGCAACUCCUACAGAAUAAAGCCGACGACUGUCUUCCAAGCAAAUCUUUUCAGGUUCAGGUUUCUGGCAGUACGAGACGUAAGCUCCACCUCCCGCCUACAGUUAGGUAGCAUCGAUCUCUACAAAUCUUGAACCCAAAAAGAAAAACAAACAAAAAGUACAUGAAAGCGGUACAACCGCAUCGAUGUUGUUGUAUUGUAACUACGUUGCCAUCAUCAUUCAUAUCCUUAUCCUGUGUCUAACUGUUGUUUGUACUCUGCAAGCCUUUUAAGGGAUUCUUUCUGUGCCCACCAAAAAAAAAACUUUUUUUGUAACGCGUUCAGUGAAACAAACAUAAAGAGUGCCUCAACACAAUGAGAACCCCAUAUUUGAUCAUUCCAUUGGUUCAAAGGGAUUGAAUGUAUAAAAAGAGCCUCUCUCUCUCUC